CAAUCAAAUUAAAGCACAUCGGAUCAGAUUGGUUUUGAUCUAGCCAAAAAAAAUACCAACCCUGCACAAAAUUCAUAUACUGCAUUUCUCCGUACCUGAAAAGAAAAGCGACAAAAAAUCCAACUCCAUACCAUUGCAUAAAGGACCAAAAGGUCCUGUUGAUCCCAAAAGCACACAACAAAACCCAUGAGUUCAUGCGAGAUCUCGGGCCAUCCCGCCGGCGAACCGGAUGCCGCUGCGGGGGCUGGCUGCAAGCCGAAGGCAGAAAGCGAGUGCGGGGCGACAGCCGUUUCCACCGACAGCCGAUUUUCCUGCAACAUUUGUUUCGAGGAGGUGGUAGAGCCGGUAGUGACGAGGUGCGGCCACCUGUACUGCUGGCCCUGUCUCUUCCAGUGGCUGGAACCGGGCAUGCGCCGCGGGGAGCGCGAAACGCUGGGAAUCGGCCUCCCCCCAUCGGCGCUCUACGGAAACACACGAAUCGGUGACGACAGCCGCCGCGUCUGCCCUGUAUGCAAAUCGGAGUGCCCGCUGUCGUCGAUCAUUCCGGUCUACGUCAGGGCCAAAACGCCGAGGGCGGGAACACCGUACUCCGUCUUUCGCAGCACUCCAGCCACAAAGGAACACGCCUACAAUCCCAGCAGCAGCAACAAUAGCCUAGAGGAACCACGACCAACAGAAGGGAUCCAGACGCCUGAAGAGACCGGAAGCCAAGUAAACGGAACAGAAAAUGACUCGGAGAUUGCAAACCGCGGGACCAACGCUGAAACUGGAUUGAGGCAGCGGCGGAUACAACACAACCCGGAAGACGAUGCGGGCCACCUCCACCGUGGCACCGUUCCCGUUCCAAACCGACCUUCGGUGCGGCGGAUUCCACCGGAGCAACAGCAGCAGGAGGAGCCCUCUUCUCCCUCGCUCUCGAGCCGGAUCAGCCCGAGGGAGUCCCCCCGGGCAACACCGAGCAACCCCUAUCGGGUGGGGGGCCUAGACAUUGCACCGCGAUCUCCCAACGGUCACAACGCUAGCCUCACGCAUGGGAUUCUCUCGUCGUUCCAGCGUGCGGCCGCCGACUACUAUCGGAUUAGCACAACCAGCAACGGGAGCCGCGACGGCCAGGGGCCAGACGGGACGCGGUCGAUCCCCUCCCUGCACGACCUGAGCCGGAACGGGGGGGGACGGUCAGGGACCGGUGGCUACUACUACGGCAGCGAGGGGGACGGCACCUCCCCGAUCGAUGUCAAUUCGGAGACGACACAGUACCUGUCCCGGUUGCUCAUCAUGUUUACUUCCUUUGUCAUGUUCUGCUUCUUGCUGGUAUAGCACGGGAUUCUGUUGUAUUCGGUGCUAAAUUUGUGUGCACAAAAAUCAAAAUAGGAAACAAACAAGCAAAUAUAAAGACAUUCAGCAU